AUGGCAGCGAACAUGAAGGUGACAACCACGUCUGGUAUUACAACCACCGAAGAACGAGUUCACAUAGAUACAACGAAAGCACCAUUUGUACCGGUCCCAUGGGUGGUAAAAAUCGCUAAAGGUAAGGAGUGGAAAUCACAGAAAAAAGGGAAUACAGAUAACCAAGGCAAAAGUAAAAUGAAUGACAAACGGUCAAAAUCGCAUGAUGACAACCAAAAAACGAAAAAAGAUAAAGACACUUUAGAAGUACCACUAAAUACACGAUCAACAAUUGUUGUCUCGCCAAUUGAAGAACGACAUCGAUCACCGUCAUCGAGUUCACCACGCACACAUUCGCCACGAUACGGAUCUAAUCUAGGGGAACUUCAUUACCCAACUAUGGGUUAUGAAGCAUCUGAUGAUGAUAUAUAUCCGUACGUUGGCGAUUAUCCCGCAUAUUGUCCGUCGUAUUUCGUUUCUGGUUUACCUUAUCCUUACUAUCCACCACUGUUUCCAUACCCAUAUUAUGGUGCUAAUGAUACUUACGAUCAACGUACACGUUUACCGUCACCAUAUCGACAGUAUACUCGUCUUCGCUCACCAUAUCGACAGUAUACUCGUCUUCGCUCACCAUAUCGACAGUAUACUCGUCUUCGCUCACCAUAUCGAUCAUUGCCGAAAAAGGAACGACAACCAUACCGCUCACCUUCACCACCUUCACCAUAUUACCGUCAACGAUCUAAUUCACCACAAAUAUCUCAAAUGUCGCUGACAACAUCAUUCAUGGAACAACGAAAAGCACGAGAACACACUCGACAACCACCGCGAAAUAAUCAGAAUACGAGUAAGAUGCACCUAAGGCAUACUAGUAGUGAAAAAGAAGUUGACGUGUUUUUUAGCCUAUCCGAUAGCGAAUUGCGCGCUGAUCACGAAUAUGUGUCGUACUUUUUUUUGAAAACUUUUUGCCGGUUGAAAAAGUCGAAAAACUUCAAAGUACUCUAAAA